AUGCAGUCGGCCAGGGCAAAGCCCGACCCGGGAAGGAAGGCAAAGCUUGCCAACUCUUACCAGGCACUUCUCGAUGAAUUCUCUAAUAAGGAACUCAAAACCGUGGGAAACUACGCACUUGGUCGGCUGAUUGGCAAAGGCUCCUUCGGAAAGGUCUACCUUGCCUCGCACAAGCUCAUCAACGGGUCCAAGGUUGUCCUCAAGUCUGCCAAGAAGGAUGAUUCCAAUCUCGCUCGUGAGAUACACCACCACCGGCAAUUUGUGCACCCGCACAUUGCGCGGUUAUACGAGGUUAUUGUUACCGAAACAAUGGUCUGGCUGGUUCUCGAAUACUGCCCCGGCGACGAACUUUACAACUAUCUACUCAAGCAUGGGAAGCUGCCGGUUACAAAGGUCCAGAAAACUUUCACCCAACUCGUCGGUGCCGUUACAUAUGUUCACAUGCAAUCUUGUGUCCAUCGCGACCUGAAGCUCGAGAAUAUCCUUCUGGACAAACACGAGAAUGUCAAGCUGGUUGAUUUUGGCUUCACUAGAGAGUACGAGGGCAAAUCGAACCAUUUGCAGACCUUUUGCGGGACUAUAUGCUAUUCUGCGCCCGAGAUGUUGAAGGGAGAAAAGUACGCGGGUGAGAAGGUUGAUGUUUGGAGCCUUGGCGUUAUUCUGUAUGCUCUUUUGUGCGGAGAGCUCCCGUUUGAUGAAGACGACGAUGACGACACACGCCGUCGUAUUCUAUCGGAAGAGCCGAAAUAUCCCGACCAUAUUCCUCCAGAUGCGCUAUCACUCCUCCAAGCUCUGCUCUCCAAACGGCCUCUGCGCCGCCCAGAGCUUGGCGAAAUCCUAAAUCAUCCUUUCCUCGCCGAUCAUGCACCCAACCAACUGACGAUCCUUCAGGCGCAGCAGCCAGCUCCUUUUUCGACAGCUCUGGAUAAAGAUGUCUUACAGCGCAUGCGCAGCGCUGGUGUCAAUAUGGAUGCUGUCAUCGAGUCGGUUCUUUCCCAGAGAUGUGACUCGCUCGCCGGAUGGUGGACACUGCUUACGGAAAAGGAGCAAAGGAAGUUGUUACGAAGAGAAAGGAAGCGCAAGGAGAAGGAGGAAAACCGUAUAUCACGCCGCUUGUCAACCACCUCCAGCAGACUUGAGCGUCUGGCUACUGUCGGGGAAGAAUGGACGGGCUCUAGCAGUCAGUUCGUCAAGCUUGGUGACCCACCCCCGCCGAGGACCAGGGGGAGGACAGAACGCAGAAGUGCACACUAUCCGGAUCUCCGGAUCCCAGACUUUCCCGGACUGAAGGACGUAAACAAUGUGAAUGGGGGUCUGAGUCCCGACGGCGAAAUACCUCCACCGCCAAUCGACAAGGAUUCCAUUAGGUCGGCAAGUUCCUCACGCCACAGACGGCCGAUUCCUCCGCCCAAGGAGGGCGUCCUGCGAAGCGCGCGGUCCAGAGGGUCGACACUCCACUUGGUGACGACCAGCGAUGCCUUUGGAGGCAGCAGCGGUGGAUCAGUUGGGGUUGGUGAAGAAGGCUCGCAAGGCCACGAGGGAUCGCAGCAGAAGGUGAGGAAGAAGCCUUCUCAAGUAAUCGUGGCACACUGGAGGAACUGGACCCACUGGAUCAUUGAGAACACGAGACGCAACAGGCAUUCGGGCCGGAGGGGAAGUCAUUCUACACCGAAUUUGCUAGAAAGGGUUGGUAAGUCUGGCAACAAGGAAGCCAAGUCCAAGGAUGCCAGUCCUAGACCACAAACCAGCAAGCACUCGACGAUGGCCAACUCAUCCUCACAAACCAACGUCUCUGGGCUUCCCAAGGGCGUGGUUGCCAACGGUUUCGCUUCUAAAACUACCGCUUCUGGGGCGCUGGCAUCACCGACGGGCGGUACAACAUCGGGCACUACUGUGCCUCCAAUUCUUACUGCUCCAACCAACAGCCACCCGCAUCAAAGGGUGGUUAGCGGCGGGAGCGGGUCUGCGGCUUAUAAGAGACAGUCGCUGUCCCCAUCACCACUCACGCCUCGCUCGGCACUUAGAAGGUCCUCGGCAGGCACGGCGGGACUCCGCGGGCGCAAGUCCACCUCUUCAUCUGUAUCAUCUGUCCGUUCUAUGCAUCACCACCAUCACUCUCACUCCAAAGCUAGCUCAACCAGCUCCAACGGAUCUGUGUCUACCAACAUGUCCAAGGCCACAAUGCACGCGACGCGCUCGCCUCACCACUCAGUCAAAGUCCUCCCGGCGACACCGACAAUGUCUGGCUUUCCAAGCAACAUCCGGCUCGUCCGAGGAGGCCCUAAUGACGCCAUGUCGGGCGGUUCAUCGAUGCAGGCGCCGGGAUCCCCGAACCCCUUUGGAAUAGGGUCGUCCGUGACGUUUGCAAAGAGGAAGCGUAACAUCUUCAAAGGACCAAUGCUCGCCUUCGGUGGCAGCAACGGCAGCGGUACAAGAAGUUCAAGUGCCGGGUCGCACUCUCGGUCAGCCAGUGCCAGCGGACUGGGACGAAGAAGUGGCGAGAUCACAAUCCAGGAGGAGAACGAGGAGGACUUUGCGCCGGGGAAUGACGAUAUCGAAGAGGUCGAGUCUUUUACGCCUGUUAUCCGUCGGCCGGGUGAGCGGGUCGAGGAGAUUUUCGAGGAAGAUGAGGCGGGUGAAAAGCCCGACGAUAAGGGAAAUAGCGGCACCGAGGAGGCCGUGGAUAAUCAGAGCAAGGAAGGGUCGGAUCCGAUGGUAACGCAGCCCAUCAGUCCAAUCACUCUCAGUGAGCCAACUCUGGGCGAUGGCGAGCGAAGGGAUCUUCGCUGA